CUAGUUGCGUGACAGCGCUUGCGCGAAGCGGACGCGUGUCGGCGACACUGCUAUCGGCUACCUAAAAAUGUCAGUCCAACGUUGGACAGGCGAGAAAAACAUACAAUUCAUAGAAGCUUACAAGCAACAUGAGUGUCUUUGGAAUCCGAGACACGUUGAAUACAAACAUCAAAGAGUACGAAAUAUGGCAUACGAGGAGAUCAGGAAGGCUAUGGGGAUGGACAGCAUGAAGGAGGUUAUAGCCAGGAUACGAAUUCUCCGAAGCACUCAAAACAAUGAAAUGACUAAGGCAAAAAAAAUGAACACUACGUCUCUAAAAUCUCAUGGAUACCGUAUAUGGAUUUUAUAAGGGACAUAGUAAGAGUGGCACGAGGCAAGGACGAGACUCAAGUUUUGCACCGUUCAGAUACAGUAUCGAGUGAAGAGGAGAGUCGUAGCUCCCUUGUUCAAGAGAGUUAUCGCAUUAAUAGUAAUCGCAUUAAUAAUGCAGAAAUGUUAUUUGAGCUAUCUCAACGUUGGACGGCCGAAAAGAGUAUAGAAUUUUUACAAAUCUAUAAGAAAUUCGAGUGUCUUUGGAAUCCAAAACAUGAAAAAUACAAAAAUCUAUUAGCUCGAAAUCAUGCCUACAAAGACAUCAUGGAGGUUAUGGGGAUGGAUAGUGUGAAGGUGGUUAAAGCCAAGAUACGAAGUCUCCGAACCACUCACUACAAUGAAACACUGAAGGCAAAGAAGAAUUUUAACUAUGUCUCUAGAAUAUCGUGGGUGCCGUAUUUGGAUUUUAUAAACGACGUUCGCGUUAUAGACAGGAAGUUAGAAGAGGUGGCAACGAAAACCCAAGAAGAUACUCAAGAUUCGUAUCAUUCAGAUUCAGGAUCGAGCGAAGAAUCGAGUCUUAUCGACCCGCCGGGCGAGAAACGAAUAAAACUCGAAGACCCGCUUGUUGAAGAGGUUGAAGACAGUCAUUUACAAGAGGAAUCGGAUCUUAUCGAUCAGUCAGUCGAGAAGAGAACACAAAUCGAGGACCUGCUCGUUCAAGAGAGCGAAGAGAGUCAUUUGCAAGAAAUGGUUUCGGUGCCCCCUUCUAAAGACAACGAUGAGUUCGGACUUUUCGGUCAAACGGUAGCCGAGCAGCUUCGUCAGUUGCCGCUGGAGGUCGCACUGGAGACUGAGGAGAUGAUUCUAUCCACGAUAAGAAGUCAGCGAAUCAAAAUUUUAGCUUCAACGACUUCGCAAAUUGGGAAUUUCCCAAUGAAACAAGAAUUGGAUUAGGAGUUCCAAAGAUAAAAUUAUCGUUAAAGAGACUGAUGUAAAUACUGAUCAUAAAGUUAAUAUACCUAGCUAUAUUAACUUUAUGGUACUGA